UGGAAUCCGAGUGGAAUUUGGAUUUGCGGAAGAGUUUCUUGGACAUUUACCCUGCUCCUCGUUGGGUUUUUCGCUUCGGCUUGUUGGGUUUUCCCCCCUCCUUUUGGCUUCUUUCUUCUUCCCUCUCCCCCUCUCCGCCUGUCACUGGAGAUGAACACUGCGCGCCUGCAUCCCAGAAAGUAGCCGCCGCGACUGGAGACGCCGGCACACAUGUAGGAAUGACAAAGGCUUGCGGAGGAGAGAGCGCAGCCCGCGGCCCGGAGAGAUCCCCUCGAUAAUGGAUUACUAAAUGGGAUGCGCGCCGUGCCAGCCUGCCCGAGCCCCGGCCGCCUGCCCGUCCAUGCACCGAAAAGGGUGAAGUAGAGGAGUCAAGUCUGCCCGCUGAACUACUAUGAGGUCAGAAGCCUUGCUGCUCUGUUUCACACUGCUGCACUUGGCGGGGGCCGGCUUCCCAGAGGAUUCUGAGCCAAUCAGUAUUUCGCAUGGCAACUAUACAAAACAGUAUCCGGUGUUUGUGGGCCACAAGCCAGGACGGAAUAGCACACAGAGACACAGACUGGACAUCCAGAUGGUUAUGGUCUUGAACAGAACCCUCUACAUUGCCGCCAGGGACCAUAUUUAUACUGUUGAUAUAGACACAUCACACACAGAAGAAAUUUACUGUAGCAAAAAACUGACAUGGAAAUCUAGACAGGCUGAUGUAGACACGUGCAGAAUGAAGGGGAAACACAAGGACGAGUGCCACAACUUUAUCAAAGUCCUGCUCCGGAAGAACAAUGACACGCUGUUUGUGUGCGGAACGAAUGCCUUCAACCCCUCCUGCAGAAACUACAAGAUAGAUACCUUGGAACCUUUUGGGGAUGAAUUUAGUGGAAUGGCCCGGUGCCCGUACGACGCAAAACAUGCCAACGUCGCCCUGUUUGCAGAUGGGAAGCUCUACUCGGCCACAGUGACCGACUUCCUGGCCAUCGACGCGGUCAUCUACCGGAGUCUGGGAGACAGCCCCACCCUGCGGACCGUGAAGCACGACUCCAAGUGGCUGAAAGAACCGUAUUUCGUGCAAGCGGUGGACCACGGAGACUACAUCUACUUCUUCUUCAGAGAGAUGGCCGUGGAGUACAACAGCAUGGGAAAGGUGGUGUUCCCCCGCGUGGCGCAGGUGUGCAAGAAUGACAUGGGUGGCUCACAGCGGGUGCUAGAGAAGCAGUGGACGUCCUUCCUCAAGGCCCGCCUCAACUGCUCCGUGCCCGGCGACUCGCACUUCUACUUCAACAUCCUGCAGGCCGUGACCGAUGUGAUCCGCAUCCACGGCCGUGACGUCGUCCUGGCAACCUUCUCCACACCUUACAACAGCAUCCCCGGCUCCGCGGUCUGUGCCUAUGACAUGGUGGACAUCGCCAACGUUUUCACUGGGAGAUUCAAGGAGCAGAAGUCCCCUGACUCCACCUGGACACCGGUUCCUGAUGAGCGAGUUCCCAAGCCCAGGCCGGGCUGCUGUGCAGGCUCCUCCUCCCUGGAGAAGUACGCCACGUCCAGUGAGUUCCCUGACGACACCCUGAACUUCAUCAAGACCCACCCGCUCAUGGACGAGGCAGUGCCCUCCAUCAUCCACAGACCGUGGUUCCUGAGAACAAUGGUCAGAUACCGCCUGACCAAAAUCGCAGUGGACACGGCCGCGGGCCCCUACCAGAACCACACUGUGGUUUUCCUGGGAUCUGAGAAGGGAGUCAUCUUGAAGUUCUUGGCCAGGAUAGGAACCGGUGGCUUCCUAAACGACAGCCUCUUCCUGGAGGAGAUGAGCGUCUACAACCCUGAGAAGUGCAGCUAUGACGGCGUGGAGGACCGGAGGAUCAUGGGCAUGCAGCUGGACCAGGCAAGCAGCUCUCUGUACGUUGCCUUCUCCACCUGCGUGAUAAAGGUGCCCCUCGGCCGGUGCGAGCGACACGGCAAGUGCAAAAAAACCUGCAUCGCCUCCAGAGACCCCUAUUGCGGGUGGGUGAAGGAAGGAGGCUCCUGUGCACAUCUGUCACCCAGCAGCAGACUGACUUUCGAGCAGGACAUAGAGCGUGGCAACACCGACGGCCUGGGAGACUGUCACAAUUCCUUCGUGGCCCUGAACGGGCGCUCCGGCUCCCCCCUGCCCAGCAGCACCACAUCCGACGCGGCGGCUCGGGAGGGCCACGAGUCCAGGGCAGGGCUGCCCGACUGGACCGAGCUGCAUCACCCACCCGGCAGCACGGACCCUUUGGGGCCAGUGUCUUCCCAUAACCACCAAGACAAGAAGGGAGUGAUCCGCGAGAGUUACCUCAAAGGCCACGACCAGCUGGUUCCCGUGACCCUCCUGGCCAUCGCCGUCAUCCUGGCGUUCGUCAUGGGAGCCGUGUUCUCGGGCAUCGUCGUCUACUGCGUGUGCGACCAGCGGCGCAAGGACGCGGCCUCGGGGCAGCGCAGGGACAAGGAGCUGGCGCACUCCCGCCGCGCCUCCAUGAGCAGCGUCACCAAGCUCGGCGGCCUCUUCGGGGACUCCCAGGCCAAGGACCCGAAGCCCGAGGCCGUGCUCACGCCGCUCAUGCACAACGGCAAGCUGGCCACGCCCGGCAGCACGGCCAAGGUGCUCAUCAAGGCGGACCAGCACCACCUGGACCUCACGGCCCUGCCCACGCCGGAGUCCACGCCCACGCUGCAGCAGAAGAGGAAGCCGAGCCGCGGCAGCCGGGAGUGGGAGCGCAGCCAGAACCUCAUCAACGCCUGCACCAAGGACAUGGCGCCGCUGGGCUCGCCCGUGAUCCCCACGGACCUGCCGCUGCGGGCGUCGCCCAGCCACAUCCCCAGCGUGGUGGUGCUGCCCAUCACCGCGCAGCCGGCCUACCAGCACGAGUACGUGGAGCAGCCCAAGAUGAGCGAGGCGGUCCACGUGGCGCUGGAGGAGCAGGGCGCCACGCUGGAGUACAAGACCAUCAAGGAGCACCUGGGCGGCAAGAGCCCCGGCCCCCCGGGGAGCCUCGUGGACAGCCUGCCCCCGAAGGUCCCCCAGCGCGAGGCCUCGCUCGGCCCCCCGGGGGCGUCCCUGGCCCAGAACGGGCUCAGCAAGCGGCUGGAGAUGCACCACUCCUCCUCCUAUGGCCUCGACUACAAGCGGAGCUACCCCACGAACUCGCUCACGCGCAGCCACCAGGCCGCCACCCUCAAAAGGAACAAUACUAACUCCUCCAACUCCUCCCACCUGUCCCGGAACCCGAGCUUCGGCCGGGGGGACAACCCGCCCCCCGCCCCGCAGAGGGUGGACUCCAUCCAGGGCCAGCCCGGGGGCACCGUGGCCAGGCAGCCCAGCCUCGGCGCCUACAGCUCGCUGAGCAGGCCGGGGCUGAAGCGCACGCCCUCGCUGAAGCCUGACGUGCCCCCCAAGCCCUCCCUCGCCCCCCUCGCCGCACCCAUGAAGCCCAGUGACGCGUGUACAUAAUCCCGGGGGGAGGGGUCAGGAGUCCAACCACCAGGCCCGGAGGCGCCCCCAGCCGCCGCCGGGAGGUCGCGGCGAUCGGAGGCCGCAGGGCCCGCCUCCCGGGGACACGGGUACUCGGAGAGCGGGGCCCGUGGCUUGGUGGUGAAGGUCUGCCACGGCGGGACUCGCCUCCACCCUCCUCCUCGGCUCUCCCCCACGCCCUGCAGCAGGUGCGACCCACAAAGGACGCUGUCAUCACAAACAUGAGCCAAAAGCACACGCCCACCCAUGCCCCGUGCACACCACACACACACACACACCACACACACGAACAGCAACUGCAGACUUGUCUGUGACUGCACGGGCAAAACACAGAUACAUGUUUUUUUUAAUCAUGAAAAUCAAAAAAAGACAAAAAAAAAUAGAACUCCUUGAUGAUUCUAACUCAGACUUUAACCCUGGCAGAAGCUCCCUCCGCGCAGAUACUGUGAAAGCCCGCCAGUGUUACAGCGCUCUGUAGCUGAGCGCCGUGCUGGGCGCUGAUGUCCUAGUUCUCUGCUCUCUCUAAUGAAAUAACGUGACCGUUAACGCAAGUAACUAUUUAUUGUUCGCCCGUUUUCUUUUUUCCUUAAGGAAAGGACUCUUCACAUAUCACCUAUGAACAGCUCUUCUGAAGCCCAGUGAAAGUUAAACUAUUUAACGUGAAAUCCAUUAACUGGAAUAAUUGAGUCUCUUUAUUUUUACAAUAAAUCACUGAGUAAAUACGUUGGAGCUGGAAUUCUGAGCCUUGUGUUUGGAC